AUGUUGCUCCGCAAGCGCCCUCCCGUCUCACGCAACUACGCGUACGACUUGGAAAUUGAACAUUCUGGCGACGAAGGUCACUACAUCAUGGACAUUGAUUCGUCCUCGUCGUAUGGUGACAGCCAGUCCGAGGCAGAUGCUACGGAUUUCGACGAUGAGCUUGAAGGGUUAGACACCAGACCUUCACGGAAUAUCGCUGGCGAUAUCGAAUACGACUACAUUCUGGAUGAUGGACUUUCAGAGAACGACAACGGAAGUGAUGAAGUCGGAGAGAAAGAGGAGAGGAAGGAGAGAAAAGCCUCUAAUCGCCCGAGAUACACGGCUUAUACGGGCCACGAAUUUGACUACAUCCUGAAUGACGAACUUGAAGAGAACGAAGAUGGCGAACCUGCAUCUGUUCGCAUUACGAAGCACAAGCGCCGGACGUACAGUAUAUUGACGUCAACUGAAGGAUUCAACCUCGGCAUUGAACGUUUCUUUACUCUCCUACUGCCGUCACCUGAGCUUGGAAUUACCCGGGCGCAUCUGAAAGAUGACCUGCUGUAUAUCGUGGAUCGUCUCUGUGCCUUCGCUACUACGACUCCCAUCUUUGUUAACCCGGAGCUCGCCUUAUCUGCACCAUCCUCACUGGUAGGCGUGAAUCCAUCUCUGGCCUGGGCAGGAAACAUCUAUAUCUUCUUUUAA